AUGCCCCGGAACCCGACGAGCGCAGGCAGGCGGCCGCAACCGCACCCACGCCCACACCCGACGCAUCCGCCGCUCACGACAACGGCCGCCGGAGCAGCUCGACACCAUCGUCCUCCGGCAUAUGUCACCCCCGAGCUGCCACCCGCGAGCCACCACCACCACCACCCCAAACCCCGUCCAUUCACCCUCCGGUCCGCGGCGCAAGCCAUGAUGAUGCCCCUGACGCGGCGGCGGCUGCUGGCCACGCUGCUCUGCCUGUGCGCGCUCCCCUCCCCGGCGCGGUCCCAGAACGCGAGCGCCACGCCGGCGCCGGCCAGCGUGGAGGGGUUCAACUGCUCCGCCAACGGCACCUACCCGUGCCAGGCCUACGCGCUGUACCGGGCAGGCUUCGCCGGGGUGCCGCUCGACCUCGCGGCGGUGGGCGACCUCUUCGGCGUCAGCCGCUUCAUGCUCGCGCACGCCAACAACCUGUCCACCUCGGCCGCGCCGGCCGCGGGGCAGCCGCUGCUCGUGCCGCUCCAGUGCGGCUGCCCCUCCGGCUCGCCCAACGCCUACGCGCCCACGCAGUACCAGAUCAGCUCCGGCGACACCUUCUGGAUCGUCUCCGUCACCAAGCUGCAGAACCUCACGCAGUACCAGGCCGUGGAGCGCGUCAACCCCACGGUGGUGCCCACCAAGCUCGAGGUCGCCGACAUGGUCACAUUCCCCAUCUUCUGCCAGUGCCCCACCGCCGCCCAGAACGCCACCGCGCUCGUCACCUACGUGAUGCAGCAGGGCGACACCUACGCCUCCAUCGCCGCCGCCUUCGCCGUCGACGCGCAGUCCCUCGUCUCCCUCAACGGGCCCGAGCGGGGCACGCAGCUAUUCUCCGAGAUACUAGUGCCGCUCCGUCGGAAGGUGCCGCAGUGGCUGCCGCCAAUCGUGACCCGCAACGACGUGCCGGCCACGCCGCCGUCCCCGCCGCCUACCGCGACGCCCGGCCCAAGCGACGUGGCCGACAACCGAGGCGGGGUGGUCACCGGGCUGGCCGUCGGGUUGGGCGUGGUCGGCGGGCUUUGGCUGCUGCAGCUGCUGCUGCUGGGCUGCCUGUGGAGGCGGCUCAAGGCGACGGGGCGGCGAGGGGACGCGGUGGCGAGCGGCGAGGGCGGCGAGGGCGGCAGGUCUGGCAAGAGCGCGUCCGGCUCCGGCGGCGUGGGAGGGGAGAGAUUCCUAGUGAGUGACAUAUCCGAGUGGCUGGACAAGUACAGGGUGUUCAAGGUGGAGGAGCUGGAGCGCGGCACCGACGGGUUCGACGACGCGCACCUCAUCCAGGGCAGCGUGUACAAGGCCAACAUCGGCGGCGAGGUCUUCGCCGUGAAGAAGAUGAAGUGGGAUGCCUGCGAGGAGCUCAAGAUCCUGCAGAAGGUGAACCACAGCAACCUGGUGAAGCUGGAGGGGUUCUGCAUCAACACGGCGACGGGCGACUGCUUCCUGGUGUACGAGUACGUGGAGAACGGGUCCCUGGACCUGUGCCUGCUGGACCGCGCGCGGGCGCCGCGGCUGGACUGGCGCACGCGGCUCCACAUCGCGCUGGACCUCGCCCACGGCCUCCAGUACAUCCACGAGCACACCUGGCCGCGCGUGGUGCACAAGGACGUCAAGAGCAGCAACGUGCUCCUGGACGCCCGCAUGCGCGCCAAGAUCGCCAACUUCGGCCUCGCCAAGACCGGCCACAACGCGGUCACCACCCACAUCGUGGGCACGCAGGGCUACAUCGCGCCCGAGUACCUCGUCGACGGCCUCGUCACCACCAAGAUGGACGUCUUCGCCUACGGCGUCGUCCUGCUCGAGCUCGUCUCCGGCCGCGAGGCCGCCGGCGACGGCGGCGAGCUGCUGCUGGCCGACGCGGAGGAGAGGGUGUUCCGCGGCCGGGAGGACCGGCUGGAGGCGCGCGCGGCCGCGUGGAUGGACCCCGUGCUCGCCGACCAGAACUGCCCGCCGGGGAGCGUGGCCACCGUCAUGGGCGUGGCCAGGGCGUGCCUGCAGCGGGACCCGGCCAAGCGGCCGAGCAUGGUGGACGUGGCCUACACCCUGUCCAGGGCGGAUGAGUACUUCGCGGACUACUCCGGCGAGAGCGUGUCCGUGGAUGGCAGCGGCGAGAUCGCCGCGCGGUGA